AUGCUGUCAGCAAAGGAGUUUGUCACACUUGCUUCCGUUUUGAGUUCUUUAUUUGUCGUUGCCAGUGCUUGGGCAAUCGAAGAAGGUGCAACAUGUGCUUAUGAUAGAUGGACCGGUGAUGACUUGAUAAGGAUCCGAGAUCAGAAUUGUUCAUGGGGAACGCAUGAAUACAUGUUAAAUCAUUUGCCGAAUCUCCCGUUUUUCAAGAAAGGUGGGGGACAACAGCCCAUGAACUUCUUCGUACGCCUUCCGAAAUCCGGAGCUGAAGGGACAUAUCAUCAAGGUGAAAUGUCAAACAACUAUGCAGCAUUUGACCGUAAUUGCAAUUUCGACAGGGUAGUACGCAUAAGUAACUUUGAUCAUAUGAGAGGAGCAGAAAUACCACAAAAUCAGAUAAUAAACUGCAGAAGAGGAUAUCAUGAACUGUAA